AUUGUGACAAGACAUAACUAAUGAUGGCAACAUGAAUCAGUGACAAUAAAACAACAUAUAUUUAAAUUUUGUACAAAUUUCAUCAGAUAUUCAACAAAAUGCCGAAGGUCCAUGAAAGAUCUGUUAAAAAAUUAAAAAAUGGUCACUAUGUUGCUACACGUGGAGUAGAUGCCGUAGAUUAUUCACAUUCAAAUCGUGGCUAUUGGACGGACGGUGAAGAGAGUCAACGUGCCCCAUCUGAACGCACAUUAUCGGAAUAUACAACAGCAAAUGAACGAAACACAUCACCUCCACAUGUACAUCGAGAUAAAUAUCAUCGCAACGAUUUGAAUGCUGGCCCAAAAAAUUUGGGUCCAACGUACGGACCACCAACGAGAGUACCACCUCGAGCACCAUCGGCAUUGAGCUACGAGAAUGGCGGUGACACCGGUAGUGAUAUAUACGUCACAAGUGCAGCAUAUAGAGAGAGCAAUAGAGCACCAUCUGAAUACAGUCGAUACACGCAUCGAUCACAUGCACAUGGACCGCGAAGUUUGUAUUCAGUUGCUAGUUCAGCGAAAACGGGUCGCAGUAAUCGUUCACGACGAGCCGGUGCCCGUAUCGAAGCAAUGUCUGCACCAAAUCCAUUUUGUCCGAACGUUAAAGGUGUUUGCUGUCUUAUGUUGCUUCUUAAUUUGGGUUUAAUAUUAGUAACACUCGGUUUUGUUAUUGUUAUACAAUUUAUCGAGCCGUUAUUUGUUUGGAUCCUAGGAUUAGUAUUUUUAAUAUUUGGAUUUGCAACGUUAAUUGGCAGCAUGAUUUACUGUGUGGUGGUUUGUCGUGAUGCAAAAACGCCAGCACAACUUCGUAACGAGGAUUUGUAUUGGACGCGAUAUUGGCAGAAGAAUAUUGGUUACACACCGCAUGAGAUAAACUAUAAAGUUGAUCGUUACAAUGAUGCAUACUCUGAUCGCUAUUCAGUCAGUAAAAUAAGUGGGAAAUAUUCGGACAGAGAAAGUAAUCGAUAUUAAAGAAAUGCAAAAAUAGGCUUAUACAAUCAAAGCCGAAAAUGAAUCGACUCCACAAUAAAUUCAGCCGAACUAUGAAGCAUACAAUGACCACAAUACCAUUAACUAGCAUUGUAUUGCUUUGACUGUAACGAAAGGACAUACAAUGGUCUCGAUGAUAUUUCGAUAAAAUGCAAUUAGAUUUGUAACCCGAGUAACUAAAUAAAUUAACGAAUUGGCAAUA